AUGACUAAUUGUAAUGUGUGCAAGGGAAAGAGCACCCGGGGAAAUGAUUCUCUGGAGUGUCUGAUGUGCAAGGUGGUGGUUCAUGAAAAAUGCGCGAAUUUACCACCGGAAACAGUUACGGCUAUAGCUCAGGGUCGUUCAACCUUCAAGUGCAAAAAGUGCAAGGCUGGAAAAAGGGCUUCCAUCACCAACGAGCUGCCUAACAUAAUGACCCUGCAACAUAAAGUGGAGGAUCUUUCUGCGGAUAUGCAUCAAAGAUUUGAGGAUUUACUCAGGGAGUUACGAGACGAGAAUCGGGAGCUGCGUAAGAGGCAUGUGGAAUUGGAGAAAAAAAACCUGGAGUAUGAUAAGAGAAUUCAUGAACUGGAGGAACGAGUUUCUGCACUCACAUUCGAAGCCGAUAACCGUACGCAGAGAGAGAAUUUGACUGCUCUGGAAAUCCAGAAUAUUCCCGAUGAUGUGCUGCAGCAAGACACUGUUAAACUUGCAUCUGACGUCAUGAAUGAUGCUCUUGAUGUUGACGUAAAUCAUUCAGAGAUCGAGAGUGCACAGCUGAUCAAGAUUGGGGUCGAGAAGAAGAACAAUAUGCUGGUGGUAAAGUUUUCUAAUGAGCUGGUGAAGAAGAGAAUUAUUGCCGCGAGAAGGGUUAAGAACAAGGCGAACGACUACAGGGGAAUCUUUCUCAAAAAGUGCCAUCAAGGUGGAGCUCGGAUAUACAUUAAUGAGAGGCUCACAGCUCGUCGUAGAGAACUGCUGAAGGCUGCAAGGGAAUGGAGGCGGAGGCUGGACUUUAAGUUCGUGUGGGUGGAUGGUGGAAUGAUUAAAAUGAGGAGAAAGGAGGGAGAAAGGAUAAAUGCUGACCUGCUCUAUCGUAUUACAGAACAUCAGGAGUAUUAG